AUGGCAUAUGACCCUCGUCGUGUAAACACGGGAACCUCUACUCCCCAAACUCCUCAAACUCCUCCACCUCCCCCUCCACCACCGGAAUCCUCCACUCCUACCGAAACAAUGGAUUCACAAUCUACCCCUACCCAAGAGGGCAGCACCGACAACUGGAAGUUGAAGUUCUGCACAGUCUGUGCCUCCAAUAACAACCGGUCCAUGGAAGCGCACCUUCGACUUUCCGCCGCACCCACUGCCUUCCCUGUCAUCUCAUUCGGCACGGGUUCUCUUGUCCGUCUCCCCGGUCCUUCCAUCACCCAGCCCAAUGUCUACGGCUUCAACACAACUUCCUACAAUCAGAUGUACGAGGAGCUACAAUCUAAGGAUGAGCGACUAUACCGUAACAACGGUAUUUUGAACAUGCUGGACCGCAAUCGCAAUCUCAAAUGGGGCCCCGAGCGCUUCCAGGAUUGGGUUCCUGGCGCACCACGCAUGGAUCACAUCACGAAGGGAGACAAGGGCUCAUUGGGUGCCGAGGGUGGCGUCGUCGAUGUCAUCAUCACCUGUGAAGAGCGCUGCUGGGAUGCUGUGGUCGACGACCUGAUGACCAAAGGCUCAAUGGUCAAUCGUCCUGUCCAUGUCUUCAAUGUCGACAUAAAGGAUAACCAUGAAGAGGCGCUGGUGGGAGGGAAAGCGAUCUUAGAUUUGGCAAACCGACUGAAUACCGCCGCUGUUGCACAGCGCACGCAGCAUGGGACAGAUGGAUGGGAAAAUGGGGCUGGUGCGGCUCGACAGAGCUUUGACGAGAAGGUUCCUGAGAUUCUAGCGGAAUGGCAAGAAUUGAAUCCCAAUUUGCCGGCCUUAUGGACACUGGCGUGGCUAUAG